GCGGAGCAGGUGGUGGCAGAGAACAAGACUUGCACGGUUGAAGGAGCGGAAGGGCAAUGGGAAGAGGUGGGGGCUUGAAAUGGUGAAGGGGCCGAGCAGGGGGCGUGGGCUUCUUACUGACCUGCGAGUCGACAAACGCCUCCAGCCGACACAAGAAGAGCACAGCGCGAACGGGACGACGCGCAAGGUCUACAAUCGCGUGACGUUUUCAUUAGCGCCCCCCGCUGUCGACGAUUGCUGGAUGAACGAGGGCCUGGAUGCGCAAGGGGCCUGCGAUAUGAAGCCGACGACUUUGAGCGAUGGCGGACGCAUCGCAAAGGCAGCACACGAAAGAAAUGACACCAGCGAAUGGGACGGCUCUGACCCGUUGCAACCACCGUGCGGGCCGCUCUUGUUCGUCGCCGUUCGCGCCGACAGAACGCGUCUCGCAGGGUCCAUCGUCCAGUGGGUCGAUGUUGGCAAAUACAAUUUCAAGUUUACGUUGAAGAAGCAUUACAGAAGUGAUGGUUCCGUCGACGACAUCGCAAAGGGAUGCAAGGUUGCCGGGAGGAUGUUCGGCGGGUACGGCCUGCGUGCGAUGUCUUUGUCGUACUUUGUCCCGCUAGCGCCGGGGCACGACGAGACCGUUCACGUGACAGACUUCCUCGAGGUCUGGGCAAGAUCUUGUACCUCUGACAGUGUCGUGGACGUCGGACCUGGGACAUCGAUCAGUGGUCCUGUUGGGUUUGCGGGAGGAGAGUGCUCUGAAAGGGGGAUGGGAGGUCAGGGUGGCCUGCCUGCUACGCCUCCUGAUCAAGAGGUGGGCAUGUCAGACGACUCAGAGGACGACCAUCAGCGUCCUCCUUCGAAACCAGGCUUGCAUGGAUCUCGCCGCCAAGGUUUGCUUGGGGAGUCGACUCCACGUGGAGGCGGCGAUGGGAAACGAUUCUUACAGUCGGAGAAAUACUGGUAUUAUCCUGUGUGUGGACAGCAUAACGAGAGGGCGGCGAUGAAGGUGAAAGACCAUCCCGUGUUUGAGUACUAUAACUUCUAUAAAUGGUCGUUCAGACCGAUCUACUUCCAUGACGACGAGUUCGACGGCUACGCCCAUGUCAGCUGCGAAGACAACAUGAAAGACAAGAAGAAUCCACUGCGCUUGCAGGUUUUGUCUAUGCGGGGCAUUCGCAAUAUCUGGAAAAUUAAGGGCAAACCGCAUGACUCCGUCUUCGCUUUGGGAGAGAAGUUCUAUGAGGAGUGGUCGAAAGGGAAACUCCUUGCUUCCGACGACUGGCGUUGGACUAAAAAGCCGCCCACCUUUGGGGAGGUGGCCAAUCCAGGACUCUCCACUGUGACUGACAGUCAGGGGCUGAAGAAACAUGUCUGGUACGUGAAGGUGGAUGACCCGUCGUUGAAAAAGGGCAAGGGGAAGCCAAAGAAAGGCGCGGAGGAGAAAACUUUCUACGUCCAAGUUCCUGAGCCGAAUGUCCACUGCUUGAAGGAAUUGGUGGACUUGACGGACCGCAAGAAGAAAAGGUUGUUGAACGGCGUCUUGAACCUUAACGUCGUGUGGGUUCAAACGAGUAGCAAGAAGUUGGCCGAGCAGGGGAAGUUCAGUGUCAAGGAGAUGGUCGACGUAAUAAAAAUGGACGGGAUUAUGCUGAGGCUGUGGCACUACGUGGAGUUCAAGUACAAGGAAAUGGAUAAGCGGGAGUGGAAUGCCAACUCCACGUUCUUCAGGUCCAAGAAGCAACUGUUGGAAGAGUUUAAGGACAAAGGUCUCGAUGACAAGCUUUGGAACGAGAGCAGGAAAUUUUUCACGGACACCACAUACGUCAACAAGUGCCCUCAGUUUCUCGGGUGUCAACACGACAACAACAUCAAGAGAACGGUGGCCCUCGUCAACGACCAGCAUUUCCCGGCGGAGUGGAAGCGUGUCGUCGUUUCGGUGAUCACUGGAACUCGCGCCAAAGGCAAAAAAAACCCUCGGGGCGUUGAUGAAUGCAUCAACAUUAUGUGGACGAGGAUAAGCACCUUGACAACGCUGGCUCAGUUUAACGUCGACCCAUUGAAUGCCAUAGAUCAUAAGGAGGCGCUGGGAAAACUAGGGCAUCAGCUACGCUCCCACACUUGCGUGCUCGACUUGUGCGGAACUGUGGACCGUGCACAAUGGGACUUUGGGGCAUUCGCGUCUCUGAGUGAGUUGCUGGGCUUCGUUUCUCAUGACUACUGGACAUUGGUGGUAUUCGUUCCUUGCCUGUGGAACCUCUCCUUCAUGACAACUUUGUCUGCACUUGGGGCUACCCAAUGCUACACGGGUAAGUGGGUCCGGAAGACGGCAGCGAAUAAGACCCAUCAAUUCGGAAACAGCGUCUGGGAGGAGCCGGAUGUGAUGCACAUCCUUUUCAAAGGCGAGGAUCCUUGGCUACUGACUCACCUGGUGUACGAGGGAGCUGUUGCUGAAGACGACGUCGCCGCUCUCCAUAGGAAACAGAAAGUGACACCCACGGAUGUGGAGGAUUAGUCUUUCAAGUCCUUGACUUUCGCGGACAUCG